GAGGCGCGCGGAGGCGGGAGCGGUGCAUACUGCUGUGGCGCGCGGAGGGGUGGCCCACGUGUCUCCCCGGAGUCCGGCCCCGAGUUCACCCAGCUGCUUUCGCCCCGCGAUCCAGGGCGCCCACUGGGCCCCCUUGGUGUCCGCCCGCCCCCGGCCCGCGUGAAAAGGGCCCCACAUAGUUCCCCGGCUCGGUGGGCCAACUUGGCUGAGCAACUUUAUCCCGGGAGCGGCGCCGGGGGAACGGGACACUGCGCAUGCGGAGCUCCAAAUUCAAACAGCUGUUUCCAGAGGCUGGAGGGCGGGUGGACCGGGAGCCGCUGGGGCUAGGGGAGGCUUUCUCGAGGAGGCGGCCGCUCCGGAGCCAUGGUGGACCGGGGCCCUCUGCUCACCUCGGCCAUCAUUUUCUACCUGGCCAUCGGGGCGGCGAUCUUCGAGGUGCUCGAGGAGCCGCACUGGAAAGAGGCCAAGAAAAACUACUAUACCCAGAAAUUGCAUCUGCUCAAGGAGUUCCCGUGCCUGGGCCAGGAGGGCCUGGACAAGAUCCUGGAGGUGGUAUCUGAUGCUGCAGGACAGGGUGUGGCCAUCACAGGAAACCAGACCUUCAACAACUGGAACUGGCCCAAUGCAAUGAUUUUUGCAGCCACAGUCAUCACUACCAUUGGCUAUGGCAAUGUGGCCCCCAAGACCCCUGCUGGGCGCCUCUUCUGUGUCUUCUACGGUCUCUUCGGGGUACCACUCUGCCUGACAUGGAUCAGUGCCCUGGGCAAGUUCUUUGGAGGACGUGCCAAGAGGCUAGGCCAGUUCCUCACCAAGAGAGGCGUGAGCCUGCGGAAGGCGCAGAUCACGUGCACGGCCAUCUUCAUCGUGUGGGGCGUCCUGGUCCAUCUGGUGAUCCCUCCCUUCGUCUUCAUGGUGACUGAAGAGUGGGACUACAUCGAAGGCCUGUACUACUCCUUCAUCACCAUCUCCACCAUUGGCUUCGGCGACUUUGUGGCCGGUGUGAACCCCAGCGCCAACUACCACGCCCUGUACCGCUACUUUGUGGAGCUGUGGAUCUACCUGGGGCUGGCCUGGCUGUCCCUCUUUGUCAGCUGGAAGGUGAGCAUGUUUGUGGAGGUCCACAAGGCCAUCAAGAAGCGGCGGCGGCGGAGGAAGGAGUCCUUCGAGAGCUCCCCACACUCCAGGAAGCCUCUGCGGAUGGCGGGGAGUGCAGGGUCCAAGGACAUCAACAUCUUCAGCUUCCUGUCCAAAAAGGAGGAGACCUACAAUGACCUCAUCAAGCAGAUCGGGAAGAAGGGGAUGAAGACGAGCGGGGGUGGAGAGAGGGUCCCAGGACCAGGGCUGGGGCCUCAGGGGGGUACGCUGCCAGCCCUCCCCACCUCCCUGACUCCCCUGGUGGUCUACUCCAAGAACCGGGUGCCCAGCUUGGAAGAGGUGACUCAGACACUAAGAAGCAAAGGCCAUGUGUCGCGGCCCCCCGGCGAGGAGGCAGGGGCAGGGCCCCCCGAGGACGGCUCCCCCGCCCCCGAGGUAUGCAUUAACCAGCUGGACCGCAUCAGCGAGGAGGUCGAGCCCUGGGACGCGCAGGACUACCACCCGCUCAUCUUCCAGAAUGCCAGCAUCACCUUUGUGAACGAGGACACCAGCCUCACGGACGAGGAGACGUCCAAGUCCUCACUGGAGGACAACCUGGCCGGGGAGGAGAGGCCCAAGGAGGGGGUCAAGGCUGAGGUGCCCCUCAACCUGGGCGAGUUCCCGUCAUCAGACGAGUCCACCUUCACCAGCACCGAGUCGGAGCUCUCUGUGCCAUACGAGCAGCUUAUGAACGAGUACAACAAAGCAGACUGCUCCAAAGGCACGUGAGGCCGGGCCGCUCCCCGCCCCACCUUCACUGGCUUCUGUUCCCCUCAUCCUGGGGCAUCCUACGAGGGCUGGGACCCCUGGGCCCUGGGGGCAGGGGAGCGGCUCUGGAACUGGAAGUGGGGGGCCGGGGGCUUUCCUCACCUUGCAUCCUCUCCAGCUAGACGCUCCCGAUCAAACAUGGCGCAUGCCCAGGACAGGGCCUCUGUUCUCCAGCUGAACAGGCACCCUGGCAAUGGGAGGCGUCUGUCCUGAGCACGGCUGGCAUACUUUUGAUGGUUCAAAGACAUGUAUGGACUGGCAGGACUGACUCCGAG